UCCGUGAGGAAGGAGCUGGGGCCGCAGUCAUGAGUCGCUUCAAAUUCGUAGACAUUGGUAUCAACUUGACAGAUCCUAUGUUCAGAGGAAUUUAUAGGGGGGUUCAAAAGCAUCAAGAUGACUUACGGGAUGUAAUAGAGAGAGCUGUUCAGAUUGGUGUUAAAAAGUUUGUGAUUACAGGUGGAAAUCUACAAGACAGUAAAGAUGCACUGCAUUUGGCACAGACAAAUGAUAUGUUUUUCAGUACAGUUGGGUGUCAUCCUACAAGAUGUGAUGAAUUUGAAAAGAAUAACCCUGAUCUUUACUUGAUGGAGUUACUAAAUCUUGCUGAAAACAACAAGGGGAAAGUUGUAGCAAUAGGGGAAUGUGGACUUGAUUUUGACCGACUGCAGUUUUGUCCUAAAGGUACUCAGCUCAAAUAUUUUGAAAAACAGUUUGAACUGUCAGAACAAACAAAAUUACCAAUGUUUCUUCAUUGUCGGAACUCACAUGCUGAAUUUUUGGACAUAAUGAGAAGGAAUAGAGAUCGGUGUGUAGGUGGAGUGGUGCAUUCAUUUGACGGUACCAAGGAAGCAGCAGCUGCUUUGAUGGACUUGGGUCUCUACAUAGGAUUUAAUGGUUGCUCACUGAAAACUGAGGCUAAUUUGGAAGUUCUGAAGUCAAUACCUAGUGAAAAAUUAAUGAUUGAGACUGAUGCACCUUGGUGUGGAGUCAAAAGUACACAUGCUGGAUCAAAAUAUAUAAAAACUUCAUUUCCCACCAAAAAGAAGUGGGAAAAUGGGCACUGUUUGAAAGACAGAAAUGAACCCUGCCAUAUAAUUUGGACCAGGAGUUAGGCCAGACCAAGACAAACACCUUCAGCGAAGGCAGACUGAAGAAGAGCUUGGAACAAUGACUGCAGUGUGGCAUAAAGUAGGAUGCUCGGUAAGUGAUAGAGAAGGUACUGUAAGGCCAGAGAGUGAGGGCUUUUGUGUGCCACCCUUAGGAAUUUAGAUUUUAUCAGAACCCAAAGGAUUUUAAGCAGGAAAGCUAUUAACUGGUAUCAGUGUGGAGAAAGGACCAGAAGGGAGAUUGGUGGCAGGAAUCAUACUGAUUUCCCAGUAUUAUGUAUUAAUUUCCAAUUCCAAGUAGUUAAAAGAAGAAAAAUCUAGUUUGCUAAGAAAAUUGAAUCUUUAGUGUCACUUUCAGUGUUAACAGAUUUGCUUUUAGCCUAGUUUGACUGUCAGAUAAAAACUGUGUAGUCAGUUCAUUUAAUAUAAACAAGGCUUUUGUUACUCCUAUAGAAUUUAAAAGUUCCAGUUAAUCUGUAAUCUCUGUCCCUGAUUCCUUUAGGUGUUCAUAUUUUAAAAACCCAUAAAGGGAACAAAAAGCUUAAGACAAAGAAUAAUACUUCAAUGUCUGAUUCUGACUUUGAACUUUCUAAUUCAUGUAUAAGAAAUAUUGUCUACAUAUAAUAUUGCUAGAAAACAGCUACUGAUAAUUAUCAUUAUUCUAGGCAAAGAAACAAAGAUUCACACCUUUCUGUUGAAGGGAAAAACAUAGGACGUUCUCUCUCCCCAUCCCCCCUAAUAACCAUACAUUGUUCUAAGUAACUUGCUCUAACUUCCUUUGUUGUCACUCUGCUGGUGGUGAUGCAGCAAUUUCUUGCUGUCCUUUACGACCAGUUCUCUAAGCAGUGGCUUUCAAACUUUAACUGCUAUCCCCACAGUACCACACUGUGACUCAGUACACUUGCAUGUAUAAAUAAAACCCAAACAAAAAUGAAACAGUACUUGCCUUACUAAAUGCAGUGUGCUUUUCCUUUUUAUUUUUUAAAAGCGCAUCAUGACCCACUAAUGGUGUGUAAUUAACCCACAGUUUAAAGGGACUCUUCAUUUCCACUGGGUUAAUUCCGCAAUUGUGGUACACAUAAUAUGGGCUGGUUUUGUAAUUUACUUGAACGUGGUGCCUGGCUCUAGUUAUAUGCAAGACUGUCUCAGAAAUUUGUCUUUAACUGCUCUGUUUUAAAUAUCCUAGCAGUUAAACUUUCUGUUAACGUUGCUGAAAACUUUAACGCCUGUCUGGCUUUUUAUGUUAAAAGAUGCUAAAACAGUAUCUUUUCCUUUAUGUGAAAAAAGAUAAUACCUUUAAAACAGAGUAUGUACUUAGAAAUGUAACCAUCCAUUUUUGUUCUGUUUUAGUCAAAUACUGGAAAUAAUGUCAGCAGUAAGAGAUGAAGAUCCACUGGAACUAGCCAAUACGCUAUAUAACAACACUAUUAAAAUAUUUUUUCCUGACAUGUAA